AUGAAUAGCACGAUCGCGAUGUUCAAGGGCAGGCUGAAAGCUUCUACGUCUUCGCCUGCCAGUGGCCAGACGGAGUGCUCCGAUUCUGCUGUACAUGACAGUGUGAGUAUUGAUGGUGAUGCAUUCCAUGCGGGCGUCUUCCAGCAGCAGCUUGAUGAAUUGAUUGCGAACGUUGAUUUGACAGUCAAGGCUGCCAUGGCAUGGGUCCUCCGCCUUCUCCCUGGCAUGGUAAAGAACAUGGUCAACAUCCUCCCCGAGGUGGCGAAAGUUCUGGUUCACAAUGCGUGUUCUCGGCCAGGCGCGGUGCAGCUGUGGCGCCACUGUCCCUCUCCUGUGGCCUGCCGUGGAGGGUAG